AUGUCUACUGACUUGGAAGUUAAACCUGAAAACACCUCUAGACGCGGUUCCUUUGCACCAAUAGAAUUCACAGAUGACAUUUCUAAGGAAUGUCUGAAACAAGUCGAGUUUUAUUUCUCCGAAUUUAAUUUUCCAUACGACAGAUUCUUAAGAACCAUGGCUGAAAAGAACGAUGGUUGGGUUCCAAUUAGUUCCAUUGCUACUUUCAACCGUAUGAAGAAAUUUAGACCUAUUGAAAAGGUUGUCGACACUUUACGUAAUUCCGAGAUAUUGGAGAUCUCUGAAGAUGGUGAAAAUGUUAAGAGACGUAUUCCUUUAGAUUUAAAUAAAGAUAAAGAAGCUAGAUUAGAACAAAAUAAGAGAACAUUAGCUGUCAUGAACAUCCCACAUGAAAAUGUUAAAAGUUUAUCUGAUUUACAACAUUCUUUAGAAGUUUUUUUCAGUAAAUUGGGUGCUGUCAAUCAAUUACGUCUUCUGAGAGUUAACCGUAAAAAAUUCAACGGUACCGCAUUAGUUGAAUUCAAAACUUUGGAAGCAUGUGAGGAUGUUCUGAAAAACUAUUCUGGCUCUAGUGAUGAUGACUCUAAGGAGAUCUUAUCCUUUGAAGGUGUGAAAUUGGAUGUUUUAAGUAAGAAACAAUACAACAUGCAAAGAGAAGCUACUAGGUCUAAAAACUUUGGAGGAUCUGGACAAAGAUCUAGAUCUUUCACUGGUCAUAGAAAAAAUAUGCCAAAAUUGACCCCACCAAAGGAAAUGGAACAAGACGUUGCUAAUGCUAUCAUCGCUGAAGCUGAACAAAAUACUCCAAAGGAGUAG